AUGGACACGACGACCGUACAGCCUGAUGCCCGCGUGACAGAAGAGCCGCGAGAUGUGGAACCAAUGAAAGGCGCGCUCCAGCCGGGCGAGGAUAUCAUCAACCGUCUGCCCGACGACGUGCUCUCAGCAAUUAUCGAUCGCGCCUCUUCCAGAAAUGUGAUGCACCACGCGCUCGUGUGCCGCCGGUGGCUGCGCCUGGCGCAGCACUUGCAGCAGGCCGUCCACGUCAGCGUGGAGCGCAACCUCCACGUGGGCGAGCUGCUGCGCGGGUUGUCGAGACUCCCCAACGUGACCUCGCUCAAGCUAGCCUACAGGAGUGUAGAUUUUCUCGACGACGAGUUCCUGACGGCGCUGCCCUCCGCCUGCCCGCAGCUCUCCCGCAUGCGCCUGGACGAGCCGCGGUACACCGGAGUGCCGCACUUCCGCAUCACGCCCCCGUGCCUCGGCCGCUUCUUCCUCGGCGCUUCGCGCCUCGAGGAGCUUACUCUCGACCACAGCCUCGGCAACAUGACAAAGCUUCCCUCCUCGCUCGCAUCGCUCUCGUCGCUUCGCGUGCUCAACCUCAGCUUGGCUCGCCUUAUCGUUCUUCCCGACGGGUUCGGCGCGCUGCCCGCACUGAAGGAGCUCCGCGUCAGCUGCCCCGAGCUGCGGAGCCUCCCCGCGUCUGUCACGCAGCUCACGCGGGUGUCCCGCCUCUGCGUGGCAGACUGCCGCUCGAUGCGCCAGCUGCCCGCGCAGCUCAGCGCGCUGAGCGCGCUGACGGUGCUGGAAAUACACGGGUGGUACCGCCUGGAGGGCAUUCCGGAGAGCAUCGGCGCGCUCAAGGAGCUGCGCCACCUGCACCUGCGCAACAUCAGCUGCGCGCUGCCCGACGUGGGGGAGGAGUGGCGGAAGCUGGAAGAGUUGCGCCUGGAGAACGUCUGCCGGGGCCUCCGCGCGCUCCCCGACGACAUCGGCGCGGCGCCAGCCCUCCGCGAGGUCGAGAUCGUCGACACGCCGAUUGCCGAGCUGCCUGCGUCCAUCGGGAUGCUGACGUCACUGGAGCGGCUGGUGCUGGCGCCAUGCAAGUCGAUGAGAGCGCUGCCGCCCACGCUGCUGGCGCUGCCGCGACUGGCGCACGUGGUGCUGAAGAACGUGUCGUGCCUUGCUUCGCUGAUGCGGGGCGGCGCGCGCGCGGAGGCGGAUGGACAUCGCCAGCCAGUCGGGCGCCUCGCACCGCUGCAGUUUUUCUCCCUUGAAUGUUGUUACCUCUUCACCCAUUUUUCCCCCGCCCUCCCCGCGCUCGCGCAAUCGUUGCGCGCGCUCUCGCUCGUCGACCUGCCCGCGCUCUACUCCUUGCCCGCCGAAGUCUUCCGCCUCACCGCGCUCACCACCCUCUCGCUCCUCCGCCUGCGUCACGUCAAGUGCCUUCCCCCUUCUCUCUCCGCCCUCUCCGCCCUCCGCGCGCUCACAAUCACCUCCGCGCCCGAGCUCGCGACGCUGCCCGAAUCCAUGGGCCAGCUGGCAGCGCUCGAGUCGCUGGAGCUCGACGACUGCCCCGCGCUGCGGAGCCUGCCCGCGUCGCUGGGCCGUCAGACGGCGCUCGGCGCUGCGGAGUCUGCUGCCGUGUCCGCCGCCGCCCCCAUGAGCGGGCUCAGCGCGCUGACGCACCUCAGCGUCACCAGGUGCGGUGCGCUCACCGCGCUGCCGGACUCCAUUGGCCAGCUGGGCCGAUUAAGAACGCUGACUAUAGCGGGCGCGUCGGUCGCGUCCCUCCCGUCGACCACUCUAAGCGGGCUGACUCACCUGGAAGCGCUACGCAUCUUCGACUGCCCCCUCCUCGCCGCGCUCCCCGCGUCCCUCUGCGCCCUCCCCCGCCUCCACACGCUCUCCCUCGCCAAGUGCCCCGCCCUCCGCGCCCUCCCCGACGCCAUAGGCCAGCUGCGCGCUCUCAGGCGCCUCUCCCUCAAGGACUGCGCCGCGCUCGCCCACCUCCCCGCGUCCCUCCCGCGCCUCCCCGCGCUCGAGUCGCUCGACAUCGCAUGCUGCGCGCUAUUCACGCACCUCCCCGACGACUUCCGCCCGCUGCCUUGCCUUGCGCGCCUCUCCGUCUGCAACUGCCGCGCCUUCUCCCGCCUCCCCGCCUCGCUCUCCCGCCUGCCCGCCCUCCGCGUGCUCAAGCUCUCGUCCUGCGCGUCUCUCUCCGCGCUCCCCUCCGACCUCGCGGCCCUCCCCGCGCUGCACUCGCUGCUGCUGGACGGGUGCUCCGCGCUGGCGGAGCUGCCCGCGGGACUGGCGCGCGCGCGGGGGCUGCGCCACGUGGACGUGCGCGGAUGCGGGGCGGUGGGUGAAGGCACGGAGAUGGACGUGUGCGGGCGGCGCGUCCACGUGAAGCGGGAUCGACGCGAAGGGGGCGAAGGGGGGUCGUACAUGAUGGGGACGAUGCCUACAGGCACUCAAGUGCAGCGCGGGGGGAGGGGGGGCGAGGGGGGAGAGGGCGGGGAGACAGAGGGACCAUCCGGGGGAGGCGGGGAAGUGGAAGGAGGUGAGGAGGGGGCAGAAAGGGGAGGUGCGGUGAGAGGCAGGUUGGAGGGAGCUGUAGCAGCCGAGGAGGGUGAAGGGGAAUGCGGGAUGGAUGCAGUGGAGAGCAGAGGUAGGGAGGAUGGCGGGCAAUCGCGACGGGAUCGAGAGCAGGAGAGGGAGGAGGAAGGGGAAGGUGUGGGGGAGGAGUUGUGGGGGCGGACGAUUAGGUGGGAGAGGGUGAGAUGA